UAAUCAAAUUUCGAGAAAGCGAAACACUCGCACUCGAUAAACCUCAUGACGAUGCACUCGUAAUCGAGCUCGCCGUAGCCGGAUUCGAGCUGACCAGAGUCAUGAUAGACACAGGAAGCUCUGUAGACGUGCUGUUCUACGAUGCUUUCAAGCGAAUGGGAUUCGAAAACUCCGCACUCAUAGGAGGCCGUACGCCCCUAACUGGGUUCGCAGGAGAAACGACCUAUUCCAUGGGAACUAUCCAGCUCCCAAUCAAAGCAGGUGGUAUAACGAAAACAGUUGACUUUGUGGUCGUAGAUCGCCCCGCGCCAUUCAAUGCCAUUCUCGGCAGGCCGUGGCUCUACACCAUUACCACUACACCUGCGUCAAGUUCCCUACACCUUGGGGAACAAAAACAAUUCGCGGUUGCCAACGAGCUUCCCGAGAUUGCUAUAUGGGCAGCUACUUGCGAGCUGAAAAAUCGCCAGUAUAGCAAUUACAGAAAGAAGAGGAGCUCGCGAUUCGGCAGAUCAAACAUGGCAAAGAUCCGACCGUCCGCGAACCUCGAAAAGACUUGGUCACUCAGGUUUGCAUCGACGAAACCGACCCCGAAAGGCGCGUUGGUAUCGGAAUCGAUCUCGCAAAACCUAUCCGUGACGAGCUGA